UAUUCAUGUGACAUCAUGUGCACGAGCCAACCACAGGCUAGCAGGAGGCCGUUGUUCGUUUGGUUUGCAGCAGCAGCGUCAUGGCGGCAGCGCGCAGCUUGCGCUUGUCAGUGAAAUCGGACAGCGGCUCCGACCGCUCCGACUCAGAGUCCGAUUCAGAGUCCGACAGAGGGGCGCGCGAGGCCGAACCCAUGGAGGUGGAGGAGGGCGAACUGGAUGCAGAGGACGUCUCCGUUAACCGCUCCCUAAAGGAGCUGCUACCGGAUACGAGCAGGCGCUACGAAAACAAAGCGGGAGCCUUCAUCACUGGGAUUGACGUUAAUUCAAAGGAGGCCAUCGAGAGGAAAGAAAAGCGAGCCAGGCGUUUCCAUUUCCAUGGGGAGCCCUGCACUACUCAGCGCGACAUCUUUCUGGAUAAAGAUGCCGUCAAGAAUGCCAUUCCCAGAGUGCGCAUGGAGGCUGUCCACAUCACGGGCGUGGACGACAUGAGCACCCAGGAUGUUUUUGCCUAUUUUAAGGAAUAUCCCCCCGCACACAUUGAAUGGAUCGACGACACAUCCUGCAACGUGGUCUGGCUGGAUGACAACACGGCCAUCAGAGCCUUCAUCAACACCAGCCGCAUGCCCGACCCGCACGAUGUCGUCACAGAUACGGAGCGCGACGCCCGGCCAGGCGAACCCGACAAAGGUCGUCUUAGCCGAGAGACGGACGACGACGAAGAAGAGGGGGAGGUGGAUGAAGAGACGAAGGAGAGCGAAAAAGACUGCCACAGAGAAGAGGAGCACUCUGCCCAGGCGGAGGCUGGCCAGGGGGACAACCUAUCACUGGCUGAGAGAGAGUCGCUUCUGCGGAAUGACCUGCGUCCUGCCAUCAAAGCCUUCAAAGGAAACAAGAUCCUUUUACGCUUUGCCACUCAAGACGACAAGAAGGAGCUGGGUGCCGCUCGCCGCAGUCGCUACUACAUGAAAUACGGAAACCCAAACUACGGCGGCAUGAAGGGGAUCCUCAGCAACUCUUGGAAAAGGAGAUUUCACAACCGACGGAUCCAGCGAGAUGUUAUCAAGAGCAAGAAGCCUCUCAUCGGAGACAGCCUGGGACACACACCGCCAUACACGCACCGUCACUCCGCAGACUUGGUCAACCUACCCGAGGAGCCUAUCAAGGAAGAAGAAGAAGAAGAAGAAGAGGACGAGGACUACGGCGACGAAGACAUGGACUCGGAAGACCGAGUGGUGGAAUUCAAAGAGAAAGCAGACAAGAGUGCCCCGUUCUCCCGGCCCCGUGGUGGUCCGGCGCGCUCACCGUCUCCCUGGUCAGAGUCGGACGAGAUGGACUAUGACCUGGAGUUAAAGAUGAUAUCUACGCCAUCUCCCAAGAAGAGCAAAAAAAUGACAAUGUAUGCUGACGAGCUGGAGGGGCAGCUGAAAAGCAUCAGGAACAGGGUGGGAGAGUCUGCGUCCCAAAGCCGGCCCAAGUCCCCGUCGCCAAAGAAGGUGACCGACGUUCGGCAGCUGCUCUUGGAGAAGAGACAGGGGCUGUUUCAGCACAGACUGCCAGAGGUCAACAGUGGCAGGACAGACGUUCGACAGCGGCUCGGGAAGAGGCGCUACUCCCCAGACAGGGGGCGUUCCUCCUCCCCCGUCUCACCCAGAGACAUGCCUACUCCCGCCAGAGAACCACUAAGUGACGUGCACAGUCGACUCGGUGUCGUGAGCCGCGACAGGGGCACCUCAUCCAAGUCGUCCCAGGACAGAAAGACAAGCAGCCUGUGGAGCCGACUGGGUGAGAAAGAGGAAAAAUUGGGAAGUCGCGAGCGUGGGUCAAGCGGCGGCUCGUCAGGAACGUUCUCGUCCUCGAGUCGGCGUAGCAGGAGACGGCGGGAGAAGAGAGCGGAGGAAGGUGGCGGUAGCGGGCGGGAGGAAGAGGACGACUCCACCCUACAGAAGGUGUGGGGCGCCAUCAUCAAGCAGAAACAGGAGCGCCUCAGCCACAAGAUGAAGAAGAGCCGGCUGGACAACCUGCCAUCGCUGCAGAUCGAGAUCAGCCGAGACAGCAGCGAGGACUCCGACGCUUGAAAUCAAACUUGUCGGUCGGGAUUUCCUUUCCUCUGUCAAUCCUGUCCAUAGCCGGAUAGCUAACGGAGUCUACACGGCACGUGCUUAGAUACCUGAUGCCCUGGCUUUUUUUGUGUCAAAUAGAACAUCCAUUAUUUCCUUUGGAAGACAUUCAUCUUUGCUUUUUUAUUUUUAAUUUGAUUUCCUUUUUGAAGAACUUUGUACAGGUAACAUGGAAAAAAAAAACAGGACCAUUCCCCAGCUGUGUUUUAUGAUGACAGGAGAUGAAUUCGCAAAUUUAAGCGCCACGCCAAUGAUCUUGAAUGGGACCUAAUCUUCCAUGUUUCAAUCGUUUACUCAUUGGCUGCCAUGAUAUCCCAGCCAUUUGAACAGGGAGUCCAAAUGGAUUAGAUGUUUAUUGCCGUCAAUGGCAGCCAAUGACUAGUGAUUUGAGUGCGGAACAGCAAUGAGGUCAGUUGUCAAACUAAUAAAUAUAGUCUUCUAGUGGUCUGCCACGCAAUUCAAAAAAACAAAUAAAACCUCAACCUAUAUGCUAUUCUGUUGAAGAAUUCUGCAAAAUGUUUCACUCACAAUACUCAUUUUUAUAUUUAGAUGUUAUAAGUUCCCAAACUCUGAGCUAGUAAUUUGGUUUGUACACAUUCUAACUGCUUCAUGAUGUGCUGAAUUGCACAAAUGAGGCUUUUGUGUACAAAUUGGCUUCACAAAACAUUUCUAGGAAUUGAAACUUGGAAUGGGAGAGGUUUGUUGGCAAUGGGAAUCUUGGAAUGUGGGGCUUGCCAUUUAAACAUGCCCUCUAAAAUAUUGAGGGGAAAGUGCAGACUGCAGUUAAGGACUGCUUCUACUUUGAACAUGAGUAGAUGCGUCCACCUGAAAUAAAACUUGUUUUUUUUUUUGGUUCCAAGACUCAGUUGUGCUU